GUUGUUUUGAUGGGCCGGACUCAUGCCGACAGCACACUUCCAGUCCAGCAGCUAAGCAAACAAGCGGUGUGAUUUCACAUGGAAGGGCCUCUGUCUCUGGACCCUCAUUGGUCCGGACAGGCUUGCAAGCCUCCAUUGAGCCAAUCAGGAGGAAUUUGGGGUACUAAUGCCACUCUCAGGAGGAGGACUUUCCUUGGGUCUGGCAGCUCACGUUGCGAGCUCCACCCUCCUCCUCUUUUCUCCGGUUUCUGCAGCCUGUUCUGUGUUGAACUGCACUAACUAAAAAGCUAAAGACCACUUUGAUUGUAUUCCACUGAUCAAUCAUGUAUUUGGGAAACUUUUUGGGAUCCAAGGGGCGGUGGGUGCUCAGCGCUCUCCUUAUUUGUGCCUUCAUCUUUGAGUUAGCAUAUUGUCAAAAAGACACACAAGAAAAGAGGAACACACCAGGAAGGAAGCCCAAGCCCAUCAAACCCAAACUUGGGAAAUCAACAAAGAAAGAGUCCAGAGCUGUAACAGCCAAACCCAAAAUCAAAGCCACAGCCGCAGCCCAGACUGUCCUCACACAGGUGCUAAACAGAGGGAAGUUUAAGAAGGUGGGAGAAACCAUAAGUGUGCAGACAGGAGACACCAUGGAGCUGAGGUGCAGGGGCAAACCUGUGCAGUGGGGCGUCCCACGGUACCUGGAGGACGACGACGACGGCCGCCUCAGGAUUGUUCAACACCAGCGAUAUGGCGUCCUGACAUUAGUCAACACAACUGGUGCAGACACAGGGGAGUACACCUGUUUUCCUAUGUACUGUGAGGACACAGACUGCAGGAAGGAGUACAACAAAGCUGUCAAAGUCUUCGUAUUCUUUCCCGAUCCACAAGAAUUAUUCGUCCCGUCGUCUGACUACUACAAGGCCAUCCACCUGAGGACCAACUGGCCGACGCUCCUCCCCUGCCAGGUGACGUCACCUGAGGCCAAAGUGACUCUGCACCGCGAGUUUCCCCCCAUGGAGGUGGCAGUGGACGGGACGGAGAUCUCCUUUAACGUCAAGAGGGGCUUCACCAUCCACCGACCCCGGCCUCAUCACGCUGGACCCUUGUUCUGUGUCGCCAGUCUGGGCAACCUGAGGCAGAGCUCCACCACGUACAUGCUCAUCUAUGUCAACUACCCCAUGGCUCCUCCUGCUCCAGUGAUCCAAGCAUCCUCAAACUCGCUGGUUGUGGGGGAGAAUCUGCGUGUCAGCUGCUCCGUGGUGGGGGAACAGGACGUGGUCGUGGAGUUCACCUGGGAAUACCCGGGACAGGAGAUUGGGAGGCCUCUGUACACACAGGAGAGCGUCACCCCAACCGGCGGAGGAGCGGCUCGACAGCAGUCUCAGUCCGUCCUCCUGGUGGACGAGGUGAGGGACGUGGACCAAGGAGCAUACACCUGCACCGCCAUGAACCUGCAAGGCGCCAAAGCAGUGUCCACCAGUGUGAAAGUGGUCAAAGCCAAACCCAGGAAACCGUAAACCAACAAAGUUGGAGAUGAGAGGAAGCAUUUUGCUUGGUCGUGGGAUUAAACAGUAUUCUAAUUACAUACUUACAUAAAUAUAAAGGUACAACAAAAUAUCAUCUUCUCCUUUUGUCGUGACUAGUGAAAAAAGAAACACGUGUCGCUGUGUCUUUUUUUUCUACUUUUCUUAUCAUGCAUAACCAGGCUAAACACAAGGGCCUGGAAAUGAAAAGGAGUGAUGAAAACAUUAUAAUCAUGAGGUAAACGGUUUAUUUUUCUUUGAGGGUGAUAUGGUUUCUGUAAAAAUUAUGUUUUAUGUGUCAUUUAUCAAUUUUGCGUUAUUUUGAUUUUAAUUGAUUGAUUCAUAAUUAUGAUGAUAAUUUACAUUAACUCACAAUAAUUAUAUGAUCAUCAUUAUUUUAUUAAAUAAUUAACCAACUCCAAUUCCUUUCUAGAUCCAGAGUACAUUGUUUUGUGAUUUAAAUAUCUUUAUUUUACUUGGUUGGACGGAAUAAAUUGAAUGACGUUCUUGGA